AUGGCUACAGGUGCACCCAACGCGGCAACCGAGCCCCUGCUCAACAGCCAGCAACGAAGCGGCUUGGCCUCAAUCCACCAGUCGCUCAACAAUGCGCGCACUCAAGUGUCGUUGCUACUCGAUCAAGUCACCAAUAUUGCAAUCAAGAGAAUGCUGACCGAGGUGGCUGAUGAUUUAGACGUGGUAAUUUCGAGUGUAGGCAACAUUGAAGCCGAUGCUACCCACCCCGAGAAACGGGUCAGAGUUUAUGACCCACGAGAUGUCGAGUUCCAAGCGGCCCAGGCGAAGCUCAGAGAACAGGAAAAAGGAAAUCGCUGA